AUGUCGGAAAAACACGGUCUGGAGGACACCAAUCGCCAGGCCAUGUCUCAACCCAUGCAGCAAAUGCAGCCCCCUCCGUACCUCCCCUCCCAGGAACUUAACAUGGGCCAACAACACUCCAACAUGCAACACUCCAACAUGCAACACUCCAACAUGCAGCACCCCAGCAUGGCCCCUCAGGCCGGCUGUGGCCCCCAGCCCAACUACCCCCCUCCACCCCCGCCCCCUGGCUCCGAUGGCUACCAGGAGACCCAGUUCCACAAUGGCUCCUACGGACACCCAGGGGUCCCACAGGGCUACACAGUCCAGACCCAGGGCCCAGGAGGGGGGGUUCCACAUGCCCCCGUGGGGUACUUUCAACCAGGAUACCCUCUCCAGUUGCAGCCCUGCACAGCCUACGUUCCUGUCUACCCCGUGGCGUCGCCCUACCAGGGGAUGCCCCAGGGCCAGAUGGGCAUGCAGAUGCCCCAUGGCAUCGCCCUGAUGGAGCCACGGCGCCCGCCUCACGACUACCUGCCAAUCGCUGUGCUCACCACCGUUUGCUGCUUCUGGCCAACAGGAAUCAUAGCCAUCAUCAAGGCAGUACAGGUUCGUACGGCGGUGGCCAGGGGGGACAUGGUGAUGGCAGAGAUAGCGUCCCGCGAGGCGCGUAACUUCUCCUUCAUCAGCCUGGCGGUGGGCAUUGCCUCCAUCGUUCUGUGUACCAUCCUCACCGUGGUAGUCAUCAUUGCCUCCCAACACCAUGACGACGACUGGGAACCCUAAUACAUAACGCAGUGUGGCAUCAUGGGAUAUGUAGUUUUGGGUGGAGAUAGAAGAAUAAGGGCACUGAAAUGCACACUCUGAUACUGGUAUGUUAUAUUGGAGGUAUAUAUGUGUAUAUAUGCACCCUGUGUACUGUAUAUACAGUUCUGACCUACUGACUACUAACAGGCUGAGAAACAAUCACAGCUAAUAUUCAAAUGUCAAAACAAAUAGGUGCCCAUUAUGGGCCAGUAUUACUUACCACUGUAACCAUUUAUAUUCAGAUAAAGUAGUACUCCAUAGCCCUUAUGGGGGAAAACAGAGUACAUACACAGAGGAAUUGAAUGGCAA